GCUUAUAAGGAGACCGUGUAUAGAGAACAAAUAAACAUGUUGAAUGCCUCUUCUAAUGAUCAGGAACUAGAGAAGUUAUCAGGAUAUGAUUAUGAAGUAUUUUUGAGCUUCAGAGGACCAGAUACCCGUAAUGACAUUACUGAUUACCUUCAUACUAGCAUGAUUGACGCUAGAAUUCUGGCAUAUAAAGAUGAUGAAGAGAUCCGAAUUGGGGAAGAGAUCGGUGGCCAGCUUCUCCAAGCAAUUGAGCAGUCAAAGAUCUUGAUACCAAUCUUUUCCAAAGGAUAUGCAGACAGUACAUGGUGCCUUAGGGAGUUGGUCAAGAUGGUGGAGAGCAAGAACACAAGGGGACAUAAGAUCAUGCCCAUUUUCUAUGAUGUCGCACCAUCCGAGGUAAAAUACCAGACUGGGUACUACGGCAAUGCCAUUAUUUCUCAUGUAAACAGGAAGCGGUUCAAUGAUGAGACUAUCGACAAUUGGAAGGCUGCUCUCAAUGAGGUUGGAGCACUGAAGGGAUGGGACUUCCAAAGUAUGCCAAACAGAGGCAAAGGUGAAUUUGUAAAAGAAGUAGUCAAUAAUGUUUUGACUGAGUUGAAAACGGCCUACUUGGAAGUAUCCGAUUGCUUAGUCGAAGUAGACAAUCAUGUGGAUGAAAUCAUGAGGAUGAUACGUACACACGACCAUGAAACAAAGAUUGUUGGAAUUCAUGGUAUCGGUGGCAUGGGAAAGACAACUCUUGCCCAAAUAGUGUACAAUCAGCUUUCUAAUGAUUUUUCUAAUUGUUGCUUCCUUUCUAACAUUCGAGAUACAGAGAUUACGCUCUUGCAGAAUCAGCUCAUAUCGAAUAUUCUGAAAAUAAGAUGGCCUGAUAUCAACAAUAUCAUGGAAGGAAAAAAGGUGAUCAAGGAAAGGUUAUACUCUAAAAUGGUGCUUCUUCUGCUUGAUGAUGUUGACGAAGCAAGUCAACUUGAUGCGCUCGUGCAGAAGCGUGAGUGGUUUGGCAAGGGAAGCAAGAUUAUCAUUACAACUAGAGAUCGGGGAAUUCUUAAUGUGCCUACACUUGUUGAUUGGACUUACGAACUUACUAGCAUGGAUUUUGAUCAUUCUCUUCAACUUUUUAGCAAACAUGCUUUUAGAAGAGAUUAUCCUAUAGAGGAACACAUCUUUCACUCCGAAAGAGCAGUAAAUAUCUGUGGCGGUCUUCCUUUAGCUCUUGAGGUUAUAGGUUCUCUUUUAUAUGGAAAAAGCAUAGAGGAGUGGGACGCCACUUUAAAGGAGCUAGAAGAAUUUCCUCAUGAGAAUGUUCAAAGGAAGUUGAUGAUCAGCAUUAAGGCUUUAAAUGAAGACCAAAGAAAGAUAUUUCUUGAUGUUGCUUGUUUUUUCAUUGGGAUUGAUAAAAGAAUUGUGAUUUACAUGUGGGAAAGCUGUAAAUUUCUUCCUCACCAAUCUCUUAACACCCUCCAGCAAAGAUCUUUGAUAAAGAUUAGAGAAGAUAACCGACUAUGGAUGCAUGAUUGGUUAAGAGAUAUUGGAAGAAAUCUUAUACUUCAAGGAAGUGAUAAGAAACCAGAGAAGCAACAAUGGGUGUGGACUCACGCGCAAGCAUUGGAGAUUUUGGAGAAAAUGCAGAUAGGAGUUGAUGUUCAUGGAAUUGGAAGUAUCGAAGCAAUAUGUCUAAAGCUUGAUGAAAUAUCUCAAUACUCUUUGAUAAAAGAAUGCCUAGCAAGUUUUUCAAAUCUAAGGUUCCUUCAAGUGGAUAGCAAAGACUUCAUCGGAAGCACAAAGUCUAUCUUUACUCAAGUGGGUGGUUUCCUAUGUUACCAGUGCUCAAAUUUUGUUCAAACCACAUUUGGCCCACGUAUCCUUCCUGAGUUGAGAUGGCUUUCAUGGAAUUACUUUCCUAUGGUUUUUAAGCUGACCAAUUUCUCCAUGAGGAAGCUACUAAUCCUUGAUAUGUCAAUGAGUAAAAUCACGGAAAAAUGGGAUGGAUGGAGCCACAUCAAGUUGGCUAAGAAUUUGAAGGUCCUAAAUCUGACGAAAUGCAUGAAGUUGCAUAAAACCCCAGACUUGUCUUUUCAUGUGAAUUUAGAGCGACUGAUUCUUGAAAGUUGUGAGAGUUUGGCUCAAAUUGAUCCAUCGAUUAGUCAGCUUAAGAAGUUAGUCUUCUUAAACUUGAAGAAUUGUAAUAAUCUCCGAGAGCUACCAAAUGAGAUGGGGGAAUUGGAAUCUUUGAGGGAACUUCUUCUUGACUCUACAGCUAUAGAAGAGAUUCCCGAAUGGAGAAGGAUGAAAAAACUGGAAAUUCUCAGUUUGGACAAGUGUACACUACUGAAUAAGUUCAGUUUCGUUGGGUGCGCAGCAGCUGCAGCGAACCUUUCAUUAGUGGAUUGCCACUUUACUCAACGGCCUAACUUGAUAGAAAAUUUCAAUUCACUGAUUCAGUUGAAUCUGUUGGGUUCGAUUAUACGGGAGUUACCUGAUGUGAUUGGGAACAUGAAGAAUUUGAAAGUUCUAAAGAUGAGAUGCCCCUUGAGAAAACUACCUAGUACCAUUGGAAUGUUGGAGAAGCUCGAAGAGCUAGAGGCAUGGGGUACUUUUGCAGAAAUUCCCGAUAAUAUUGGGAAUCUACGAUUUCUAAAAAUUCUGGUAUUGGGCAGCCAUAGAAUAUCGGCGGUGCCUCAGCUUCCAGAAAGUCUGAUCAAUCUAUGUUGUAAAACAACCUCGAUGGAGACUUUGCCGAACUUCUCGAACCUAUUAAAUUUGAGAAAUUUGAGGUUGACUUUGUGGUUUAAUCUCGAGGGUCCUUCUAAACUUGAAGCAGCUCCAAGUGCUUGGUGGAUUGGAACAUUACGGAUGCUCGAGUUCUUGAAGUUGUCUUCUCCUUGUAUCACCACCCUAUCUUCCGAUCUUGUUCUCCUUUCUCAACUGAAGAAACUCAAGCUCCAGUGUUGUAAUUUGCAAUGCCUACCUAGGCUUCCAGCAAAUUUGUCAUACUUAGGUAUCAAGUCUUGCCGGAGAAUGAAAACAACGAAUGAUCUUUCAAAUUUGAAAGCGUUAUCAGAUUUAGUCAUUGUUCGUUGUGACGAGCUAAUAGAGAUUCGAGGCCUCGAAGGUUUGGAGAACCUGAAAACAUUAGAGCUCGUGGAACUUUCAUCAUUGGCAAAGUUGCCUCAUCUGACUAACUUGAAUAAGCUUAAGAAAAUUUAUUUAAAUGAUUGUACUAAGCUGUUUGAGAUUCAAGGUGUUACGGAAUCAUUGGAGAUACUUCACAUUGUGAACUGUUCAAAUCUGCAAAAGUAUCCUGAUUUAUCAAGCUUCAAGAAUCUCAAAGUUUGGAGUACUGAAACCAAGGAAUCAACAUCAGAUCUUAUUUUCCGAGAACUGACCCAUGUCGACACAGGAAUGUAAAAAGUUAUUCUUUUGUGUUGAAAUAAGAAAGGAGUUCGU